CAAUCUUACGUGGCACGAGUCCCGUUUGUGUUACUUGACAUGACUAAUCUUAGGACAGUCAUGGUGAAUGUGAAAGAUGGCACUGCUUGGGUUGAAUCUGGUGCAACAAUUGGGGAACUUUACUGUGGAAUCGCGGAGAAGAGUGGUGCACUUGGCUUUCCUGCUGGCCUUUGGACCAAUGUAGGUAUUGGCGGAUUCAUCAGUGGAGGAGGCUAUGGCAUGAUGACACGAAAUUAUGGCCUUGCUGCUGAUAAUGUGAUUGAUGCUCGUUUUGUAAAUGUUAAUGGCACAAUUCUUAGUAGAGAAACAAUGGGGGAAGAUCUUUUCUGGGCUAUAAGAGGCGGAGGAGGCUCGAGUUUUGGAGUAGUCCUUUCCUGGAAGAUCAAAUUAGUUUCUGUUCCAGAAAUUGUUACAGUUUUCAGAAUUGUCAGGACUUCAGAAGAAAAUGCAGCAGAUAUUUUCCACAGGUGGCAAGAAGUUGCUCCGCGAUUUCCCAAAGAUCUUGAUCUGAAAUGUUAUGUGCAGAGCAUAGUGAGUAAUUCCAGUACUAGACAAGAUGGAAAAACCAUAAGGAUAACAUUUGAGUCUUUAUACCUUGGUCCCAGAGACAGACUACUUGUCUUAAUCCGCGAAAGAUUUCCUGAGCUGGGACUGGAGGCAGAAGAUUGUUCCGAGAUGAGUUGGAUCGAGUCAGGGCCUUUCUUUUCCAAUCACACAGCUGGAACAUCACCUGAUAUCAUGUUAAACAGAACUGCUUUGCCAAAGUUUAACUUCAAAGGCAAAUCAGACUUUGCAAGGAACAUAAUUCCGAGAGAAGCCAUAAAGGGGAUGUGGGAAAUGUUGUUCAGUGUUGCUCCUGAAGCUGCUUUACUGCAAUUCACACCGUAUGGGGGUAGAAUGAAUGAGAUCCUGGAGUCUGCAAUUCCAUUCCCUCAUAGAGCUGGAACAUUGUACAUGAUUUAUAUAGGAGUAUUCCUGGAGAAAGAUGCGUCACAGCGUCUGAAAUGGAUCGACAGCUUGUAUGAAUACUUAAGGCCUUAUGUUUCCAGGAAUCCCAGGGCUGCAUAUGUGAAUUAUCUUGAUCUUGAUCUAGGAAACAACACUUCAAGUAGUUGGGGGAAGAGGUACUUCAAGAGUAAUUUUCGCAGACUCAUGCAGGUGAAAACUGUGGCUGAUCCAGAGAAUUUUUUCUGGCAUGAGCAGAGUAUUCCAACACUACCAGCUUGAUAUGAUUCGUCUGUCUGUUAAUAUUACAAUAAUUGACCUACAUCAAUAAAAUUAUGUUUAUAUAUAUCACUGAAUCAGCUUGAAGAACAUAUAUAUAGAUUCUAUCUGCAAAUUGUUCAUAAUUUACAUGACUACAAUCACGAACCCAAUUAAAAGUGUAAACGGAAAAACAAGCUUGUGGAU